GGUUCCCCCAGUUGUGUCCAGGUCGCCAUUACGGUUUCGUCGAAAGAAUUAACCGCAAGUUUUCCUAUUUGACGGAUGCUGACGAGGUGCAGGAAGCCGAACUGACAACCUCAUAUAUUUCAGUCAUUAUUGAUAAAUAUCAACGUAAUAUCCGCAGCUUGUCGGGAGGUCGUAAAACAGGAAAAGGAGAACGCAAGACAGAGAGAACGAGACAAAAACCGAAAGUGGAAAGAAUUAUCACGAUGACGAGGCUGAAUUCCUUGCAACCGUGUGACUUCUUACCAGCGGUUUUCAAGACUUGGGAUCGUACAUUGUUAGUUCAUCUGAUGAUCGUUGUCAUGUCCUCCGCUUGGUGCGCUGAAGCAAAUCAGAAUUUCACUGGCAACACCGCACAAGAAGGCUCCCCACGGUUCCAGGGAUCACUUCAGCUCGCCGAAAGUCAAAUGCGCUGCGACCACCUGCUGACGCUGCGCACACAACACUAUAGCCUCCUUCUCGCGUCUCUGCGUUUGGCAGAGAGCAUGGAAGACUCCCUCAAUAACAAUCGGCACACCGAAGAGCUCGACGAGUUCCAGGUAGCAAGGUCCAGUUAUCUCGCCUCGUGGGAUCAAGUACAGGAAGACAAGGAAAAAGUGGCUUCCUCUCUCUUUCCAGAAAUCAUCUCCGAGAAUCAGUGUCAAGUUGGAAAUCAUUGCUCUACAAACACUUGGGACCUAGGGUGUUAUCAUUGCUUGCCAGGGAGAGAUGGCAACUUACCUCCUUUGUGCUCACACAAUACCUUGUCCACUGAGUUCCUACGGGUUUUCGAAAAGAAAGUUCGGAGUGUUCAGGAACCACUGAGGGGAAGAAGUUGUAUAGUAGAUUCUACUAUUGGAGAAGAAAUGCUGAAUGUCAAAAAGCAGUUAGACUCUAUGAUGACCGCUGUGAAUGAUAUAUGCUCCAGUGGCAACGGCAUUGAGCUCCCUACACUUCAGAAUAUUUAUGAAAACGCACAGUUUCUUGAACUUUCAUCAAAGGGAUUGCGGAGAGAGAUUGUGCAACAAUAUAGUAACGUUUCUGUCAGCUGUGAUGUCCCGGGCGGUAAGCUUCCGGUCAAUAAAGUGGAAGGUGUCUCCGAGUCUCUCAGUGGUGAAUCUGGUAUUAAAAUUACUGUGGAUGCCCAAAGCCCCUGUGCCAAGUAUGUUUUCGUCGGUGGGACCUUAAUCUCCAGUCCAAGUGGCUCUUGCUGGUACAUUAAUAAAAGCGAAAAUACAGCCAGUUCAGAACUGUCUACUAGUACAUCUACCCCUGCACUUACAACAAGUAUCACACAAAACACUGAAGAAAUAUCCCUCUCUACUUCCACGGAGGGGUCCUCCAAUACCGCUGGCCAUGAGAACCUUACAACCAAGUAUCGACACUGUACCCAUGACCUCCAAGAAAUGAUAGAUAAUCUCCACCAUGAUGUUCCUCAUAUCGCUGAGGAUUUUGCACAGGUCAGUUUGAAGAGUGCUGAAUGCAUUAGAGACGCUGUAUCCUUCAGCGAAAUUCAAGAAGUAAUCCAUCUUCUCGAUGUUUUUGUCGUAAAGGCAAAGGAGGUCUUAAGCACUCUGGAAGGGAACAUCAGAAAUAGGCAACAUCCAAGAUCGGCCACGACGGAGGAGAGAACUGAUUAUCUAAAUGGCCAUAGGAAAAUGUCUGCCAGUUUAAGCAGCUUAAGAUCUCUGCUUGAGUAUCUUCGUAGCUCUGCCGAGACACUUCAAAGCGGCUCUGAUUUGCAAGAUACAAAGAAUCGUGUGAUUGUCGCUGUCCAGCAUAUUGCAAAUAUGUUCACACAGGGAGGAGCCGUCGACCAUGAGAUUUAACUCAUCACUAUUCAUCGACUGCUGAUCAUGAAGGAUAUACGAAAGAAAAAGGGAAACGAAGGAAACCAAGGUAAAGAGAAAGAUAACAAAGACUGGCAACCGAAAUAAAAAGGAAAGACUAAAAUAGUUGCAUUUUAAGACAGGAAUAAUUUCAGUAUUUUUGCAUCUGUAAAUUGGUUAUAUUUUACCCUGAAAACCUGAGAGCCUGAUAAAAUGAAAGAAAAUGUAAAUAUUUAUAAAAUUUGUAAAUACAGACUGCUCUAACGGGAACGUUCUAAAGCAGACGUUCUCGUUAUUCCUUGUGAUGAAAGAUCAUAAAAAUAUAUUUGGAGAUAAUUGUAAACAUAAGAGUUGUAUGUAAAUAUAUCAGUUGUGUACAUAUAGCCAUAAAGUAUGUAAUAUAUUUAUAUGGAAUAUUAAAAGCAGCGCAUUUGUUAUGAAGAUAAAUUGAACAUUGAAAUUAUUUGUAAAAGUAAGAAAUUUUUAAUUUGUGUAGAUAGAAGCAUUAAUAAAAAAGUAAAAAAACAUUUUGGAUAUACUACAAUGGACAAAGUUUUACUGCAUAUAUUAGCAGUUGCAAAACUUCAAUAACUCAUUACUAGUAAAAGCUGGACCAGGUGGUAAAACAUUUGAUGUCUCGGUUGUUUUUCCAGCUCAUUUGCUUUUUUAUGUUCUUGUAUGUAUAUAUCUGUAAAUAUAUCUAGCUUCUUCAUUUA